UUUUUUUGUUUUCCGCUGAGUUUGACCGUCGAUGAAGAGAAUAUAAGGUGAGAUGUGGUCAUUUACACACCACUCCAGUCAGAACAUCAUUCCUUGCCUCAGUCACUUAACUGUCCCGCUCCCGAAGUCAUGGAAUCUGCCAUUAAUGUACUCAUCUCCGAGUUUAAGACUUACGCAGGGAAAGACGGCUCUGUGCACACUCUGAGCAAAGAGGAGUUUCAGAGCCUGGUCACAUCCCAGCUACCAAACUUGGUAAAGAAUGCCUCUGACCCAGCCACCAUUGAUCAGCUCAUGAAGUCGCUGGACGAGAAUAACGACGGAGAGCUGACGUUCCUGGAGUUCUGGCAGCUGAUUGGCAGCGUGGCGAACCAACAUGGUGGAUUUAGCCAAUAAAGAGACCUGAAGUAUUAGUUCACUUGAAGAAAAUCACUUUCAUUUGACUUUUUUUAUGUAAUUAAAACAUUGCACAGUUAAAGAUUGUCCGAAGCAGGUGACGGCAAAUAAAAGAAAGUGCUGUUUUAUUCUCGA